AUGAUAAGCAUAAAGCAGAUUUCUGGAGAGUUGGCCUUCAACGGUCUUCAAGCAGCGGAGGGAGAAAAGAUUGUUUACGGUGAAGACGUCAAUGUCCAACAAACAGAAAAAUUAUUGAUAACCAUAGAGAAGUUCUUUAGGGGUUCCAUUCUAAUGGUACAGGUAGUGCUUCUUAUCAUCUGGUGGCGUAUAGCUUUCGUUAUUGCUCAACCAGGAUUUCUUAGCAUUAAUUGUGGCGGGAAAUCAAAUUACACAGAUGAAAACAAUAUAGAAUGGGUUCCCGAUGAUAAUUACAUAGAAGUGGGGCAGAAAGAAGAAAUUAAAAACUCUAGUUUGCCACUAUAUGAGCAAAGCCUUCGAGUCUUCCCACAGCCUCUCAAUAAGUCUUGCUAUAAACUGCCCAUAACCCGCAACGUACCUCAUCUUGUGAGAAUAUGGUUUUAUAAUGGCAAUUACAGUGGACAGCCAGAUUUGCCAAUCUUCAAAUUCUCAAUUGAAACUACAGGAAUGUUGGCCUUAAGAAACAUUUCAAACAGAAUUACACAGCACAACGUAUCGAGCGAGGGGAUUUUGGUUAGUUCUGGAGAUGUUUUGUUUAUUUGCUUGAUUAGAAUCUCUGAGAUCGUUAGUCCUUUUAUAACUGCUAUUGAGUUGAGAACUCUUCGACAAGGCAUGUAUCCUCAAGUUAAGCCCGGAACAAUGUUGCAAAUGGAAGCAAGAUAUGAUCCUGGUGGAAAUUCGACAAUCAGGUAUCCACAAGAUCAAUUCGACCGCCUUUGGAAUCCUCUAAAUAUACCAGGAGCGCAGAAUGUUAUGAUGCAGGAGACAAUCUCAACCGACGCCACCCAGGACCUUCCUCCAUCUGCCGUUAUGCAAACUGCUGCUGUUGCACCUGACGGCACGAAUAUAAUUGAUAUGACUUUUCCCCAAAUAAGUAAUCCUCUAGUGCUAAUGUAUUUUGCAGAGAUUGAAAUGGUUAACGCAUCUGAAUCAAGAAGUUUCAGGGUUCUUGAAGCUGAUGGUAAUAUGUUAGAAAACAUUAGUUUGGCAAGAAACUUUUCUGCAACAGAGGUAUCGUUCACAUUUGUGGGAACAAAUCUGUCUCUGUACAAUCUCCCGAAUUCCGGCUCCCCUCCUCUCAUCAACGCUUUCGAAUAUUACCAGCUAAUUACAACUGAACCAGCAACUUAUACAGGGGAUGCUGUUGCUCUAGCUUCUCUGAAACAACGGUUUCCAAUAAAUAAUUGGAUUUCAGAUCCUUGCUUCGGUCUUCCCUGGGAAGGAAUCCUGUGCAAUAACAGUAUCUCCUCUGUCAGAGUUUCGGAAAUCAACUUGUCCGGAAGGAAUCUGACAGGAUCCUUACCCACAGCUCUUGCUCAGAUGACUGAACUCAUUAACAUACUCAUAGACAACAAUAAUUUCAGUGGUGUAAUUGCUCAGAGAUUCCUGAAUCAGAUAUCAAUAACAUACAAAGGCAAUCCGUAUCUUAGUAUUCUCUCACAAAAUUCAACCCAAUCCAACUCAAAGAAGAGCAAUGUAGGAGUUAUCUCUGGAAUUAUAUCAGGCGGCAUCAUAAUAAUAAUUGUUAUUUUAGCUGUUAGUAUUGUUGUGUACCGAAGGAAAUUCAGAAGAAAAGACAUUGCCAAUAGAGACUCUAAAGGCAACGCUUCAGGGAGCAAAUCGGUAUAUCUUCAGGAUCCUGAUUACUCAAUGGUUUUGGUACCAAACCCAUCAAAAUCCCGUGCAUUUACCCUAGAAGAGAUGAUGAUAGCUACAAAAGAAUUUAGCUGUAAGAUCGGACAAGGUGGCUUUGGAUCUGUGUUCUGGGGUAAAUUGGAGGACGAAAAGCAAAUAGCAGUAAAAGUACUGUCAAGUUUCUCCAAUCAAGGAGCUUCAGAGUUUCUAAACGAGAUUGAUCUUCUGUCAAGAGUUCAUCACAAGAACUUGGUGUCUUUACUUGGUUACUGCAAUGAAUCCAGAGCAUUAAUGCUGGUAUACGAAUAUAUGCUUGGAGGGUCCCUAAAGGAUCACCUUUAUGGUACCAGUGCAGAGCAAUAUCCGAAUCUAGAUUGGAAAAACAGGCUUAACAUAGCUUUAGAUGCAGCGCGAGGAUUGGAAUACUUGCACGUAAGUUGCACCCCAAAAAUAAUUCACAGAGAUAUAAAGACUGCCAACAUCCUUCUAGACGACAAAUUAAAUGGGAAAUUGGCAGAUUUCGGUCUUUCAAGAGUAACAAUUGAUGGAGAGGCUUCUCAUGUGACAACUACUGUGAAGGGAACCGUUGGAUACCUAGAUCCAGAGUAUUUUAAGACAUAUAUGCUGACUGACAAGACUGAUAUCUAUAGUUUUGGGGUGAUUUUGUUAGAGAUCAUUUGUGGCAGGGCACCUGUAGAUGCAAAAGUUUCUAGUGAUGAAAUUAACCUUGUUAGAUGGGUCACACCGGUUUUGGAGAUGGCUGAAUAUCCUGAAAGAAUUGUAGAAAUAGUGGAUAAGCGAUUGGUUGACGAUUACAGCCUAAAAUCCAUUGCCCAUGUGGCGAAGCUAGCAAUUAGGUGUGUUGGAGAUAAACCAUCGUCAAGGCCUAGUGCAAGCGAAGUUCUGGUAGAGAUGAAAAUGGCUGUGCAAUAUCAUGCAUCAAGUGUGGACUUGUCCGAAGAGAUCGAUAUUGAUUAUCGAGAUUAG